GAGUUCGCGGGUCGCCGAUACCCCGCGCAGCCUGCCUGGCCUGCCUAGCGUGGGAUAUCUUCGACCGAUAACUCGCCCGGGUGUCUGAUCAACUAGAGUCCCCCAAUUAAAAAAAUUUAACGGAAGAUCACUUGUGAACGAGAUUGGAGCGGUCGAGCAGUAACGAACAAACGACAAUUUCACAUUUUAGUUACAGCGUCAAUUCACCAAUUUAAUAGACAAACGGUUACUACUUUACAUUUAUUUUCCUCUGGUUCAACCUAACGGAAACCUUUGCUAAAAACAACUGCAAAAACAGAGCAAGCCGGAAGAACGCCAAUCUAAGAUCCCGCUUGUCUACCGCCAAGCAGCGCCAAACACUUGCAUCAGCAAGCGAGGCCUGGCCAACAAUCGAAAGGGUGCACUCGUCGAACGAGAGUCUGUCCUAGAUCGUUUCGAGUGCCCCUCAGCGAAACAGUCUUGUCCGAUUCCACACGCGAGACGAGGCGCGCGCACGGCGUCGCUCACGCGUGCCGUUUUGAAACGCAAGUGGGUUACCGCCACAAUGGCUGCCCUCCUUUCGUUUGUUAUUUCGUAACCGUGACGUCAUGGGUCAGUGAUGCAAAAAGAACAAAAACAAAGAAAAAUAGAUCGGUAGUGUGUCAUGGCGUUCAGCUGUCCCGCGAGCGAAGCAGAUUUUGUUGAUCAAGUGAAGUCUGACUUAAAUAUCUUUCUGGAAACGUCGUCAGCUCACAGCGUUCUCGUGUUUCCACCUGUGAACAGUUUUUAUAGAUUUCUCAUACAUCAGCUGGCUCAGGACAGUUUUGAUCAGCUGAGGACAUUUUCAAUUGGCGAGGAUCCUGACAGGAGGAUUGUGGUGUGUACUAAGGAUCUUGUCGCCAGGGUUGAUGCAUCAAAUGAUGAACGUCAAGGAAGCGUAAGGACAGCAUCAUUAUCGAGUGACCUGACGAUGGUUGUUAGUGACACUGAAAGGACUAGUAGUCAGCAACGCAAAUCAAGAACCUCUUUACCAACAAUUGGUAUUUAUAGACCUCCAGCUGCUCGAAGAUCAACAGACGAUUCGUCUAAGGUCAUUUCUCCAGCUCCAGACCUCCACUCAGAUGAACCUCCAGCCAAGAAUGCAGUUAAAUCUGCAAGGCCCAGAGUCCGUCGUCCAGAUCAACAAGUAUAUGUGCCUAGAGCAAAGCGAGUGUUCCAGGACUCAGAAAAAUUUGAUGACACCCCUGCACCACCAGGGGAUAGAUCAUCAACUCGACUCUCUAGUCCUGUGCGUAGCCCCCCAGAAAAGGACAGACACACAUCCGGCUCGACUCUGAUCAUAGAAGAUGAAAUAUCUUCUAAACCUAGAUCCUCGAGUCCAACAAUUAGUCUCCCUCCUCGAGCAUCUCAAUUAGUGGAAACUAAGAAGAAGCUCUGCCAGUCAACAUCAAGUGACUUGGAUUUAGAGGGAAUUCGAGGCAGUAUUUCUUCUGGAAGUGAAAGACUAUCCUCCACCAUGAGUUCUUCACAACCCAAAAACCUUCCACCUCGGGCAGAGGUUCUUGUUGAAAAGAAAAAAAUGUUGUGUCAUUCAAGUUCCCCAACAGAGGACUUCCAAUGGAAAACAAAGGAAGAGGCAGAUCAAGACUUUAAUCGUACAUCAGAUAGUGCUGUGGGCUCUGAGCAGCCUGCUACUCUUACUGAUGUGGAAAACAAAUAUUCUCGCUCAAAAAGUAGAAGCAGUUCAGUGAUUAGUGAUAGUGGAGUUGCACCUGUGAUAGAUUUUAAAGUUACCAAUACCAGAUCAGUCAAUGAAGUGGAAGAAAAAUGUGAUAUUGUUCAAGUAGGCGGUAGCCCUUAUCAAGGGACUCAAAGUGAUAAAAUUCUACCGAAGCAUGUCUCAAUUGAAGCUGAGCCAUCUCAAACUGUUAUGGUUGAAAGUAAUAAUCACAGACAGCUUUCACAAAGAGACACUGAAUCAAGUGAUGAUGAUUUCCGGGACGCCAACCUUUCUGGUAGACUUACAAACACAAGCAGUGGAGGCAGUAGUGAAAGUCUUUCAUCCAGUGACUCUGUCAAUUAUGUGGCGCCUGUGCAACUUAUGAAACCUGUUAAAGGAGAGGGGAACAAACAAGCUUCCCCAACCAAAGCUGCACGAGUUUUUAACCCUGAUGAAUGUGACUGGGACGAUUUGCUGGAUGAGGAUGUUCUGGACCCUUUCCUAAUGAAAGAGUUGACAAGUGCUGUUGGAGAGGUCCAAGUAGCACACCCAAAAUCUGACUAUCGCAACUAUAGGAGCCAGGUUCCUGCUGAUCAACAGAAGACAAGAAGAUCAGCUGGAGAUGAUGACUUCAGCCAUGUUGUUGAAAUUUUCAAUUUUCCUCCUGAGUUUAAGACUCACGAUUUAGUUGCUGUACUCUCACCUUUCAAGAACACGGCUGGUGGCUUUGAGAUCAAAUGGGUGGAUGAUACCCAUGCUUUGGGUGUAUUUGCUGGAGCCCUUGUAGCUGAGCAAGUGCUAGCUUACCAGCAUCCCAUGGUUCGGAUGAGACCCCUCUGUGAGGCAUCUUUAGAGUCUCGCCUGAAAGCCCGACGCCUCUCUGAAUCCAUUCAUUCCUUCCGCCCACGCCCCGAAACGUGUGCAGCGCUGGCAAGGCGCCUUGUCACUGGUGCACUGGGUGUGAAGCUUCCUACUGCGAGAGCCGAGAGAGAAGAGGAAAAACGGGUUUUACGGGAGGCUCGAGAAAAAAGAAGGCUAGCAGUGCAACAGCAAGAUGACAUCUGGAACAGCUAAUUUUAACAAAUCUUUUAUUUAAUUUGUUCAUUGUGAGUGUGUGUAGAGUGACUGAAAUAUUAUUAAAUUAGAUUUUUUUGUGCGCUUUUUUAUAUCUUAAGGUAGUUUUACAAAGAUACAACUAUGUAUGUUCUAAUAGUUUUGUACUAAUAUUGUAUUGUCAAGUUACAAUUUGUUUCGAUGUAUUAAUAACAUUGUAGUUUGUGAUCUGCAUUCAAUUUUUGUUACCUUAAAUUUAUAUUGUACAUUUAGUUGUUAUAGAUAAAGCCAUAAUAUUUCUAAUAUGAAAUUUUAGUUUAGUCCAAUUGAAGUAGUGAAUUACUGUCUUGUAUUUUUCAAGGCCAAUCAAGUAUAUAUAUCAAAUUUUAAUUAUGUUUGUGUGUUGACCUUAUAAAUUUACUUCAAUGAAGUAAUAAUCAAAGUCUGUUUUGAGUGUUAUCAAAGAUAAAAUCCUUUGUUUCUUUCACAAAAAGGAAUAAAUCAUUUUUUUAUUUGUUA